AUGGGGAACCAGACGAGCGUGGUGGACGCGCUGGUCGAUCUCGAGUUCCCGUCAGCCGCGGCGGCCCCCGCGCCGCGCCUGCCGCCCGGCCACGACCUCCCCAUGGGCGUUCUCUCCUUCGAGGUCGCGUCGCUCAUGCGGAAAGCACUUGAUCUAUGGCGCCAGCUCGACGCGCGGAAUAUAGCGGGCUUGGAAAAGCAGCUGCAGACCGAGGGGCUGAAGCGCCUGUGCGUGGGGGACUAUUCCCUCCGCUGGCGCCUGGCGGGCGCGGAGUAUGCCUCCGACCUCACCGCGCUGACCGCCGCCGUGGGGGUGCUGGCGCGCAGGUGCGGGGGCGCGCGGAGCGGGGAGGUGCUGAAGCGGCUGCGGGGGUACAGCCGCGCAUGGAAGAGAGAAGAUAGCUUUAGCGAGGGCGAGGCGGACGAACUCAUGCGUUUUCUGAGGGAACAGCUGGAGCCAAUGGGAGCGCUGCACAACGCAAUGCUGGCACUGGAUGACGUCAUCAACAGCUCAGCAGGAGAUCCCGAGGUGCAGAACCCUAAGACGCGUCGGCCCAAGGGGAAGCCACAGGCCGCCGUGAUGGAACAGAUGCAAGUGGUGCAUCAGCUGCAGCGAGCAUCCCUUUGGAACCACCCACUCGAACGACCGGUGCUGGUGAGUUUAAUGAGUUUGUGGCAGCAGUACCGGCCGGUCUUCGGCCGGCCAGCUCCUCCCAAGCAGGGCGGGCUGAGGAGAGUGAUGAGCCCCCCCUCUCUCUCUCCCUCCCACUCCUCUCACCCCUCGUUCCCCCCUUCACAGACGUUGGCCGUGUCGAUUGGGGUGUUGUGGCAGCAGUACCGGUCGGUCUUCGGCCGGCCAGCCCCCCCCAAGAAGGAGGAGGUGAAGGCGACGCUGGGAGCAGCGGGGCUGCCGUCAGUUUAUGCGCGAGUGCUGCUGGGGGUGGAGCAGAUGCGAGAGAUGAGCCCCAUCAGCCAGCCUUUCAAGGAGCAGCGGAGGGAGCUCUAUUCCAUCCUCCCGUCCACCGUGCGUCGGCGCCUGGCCAAGCGGCUGAAGCAGCGGUCCAAGCGGCAGAUCGACGGGGGGAUAGCCCGGGACCUCAAGGGCGUGGUGGGGGACAUUCUGAAGUGGGCCGUGCCUCACACUCUUCCUGCCCUCACACUCUUCCUGCCCUCACACUCUUCCUGCCCUCAUACUCUCCCUGCCCUCAAACUCUCCCUGCCCUCAUACUCUCCCUGCCCUCAUACUCUCCCUGCCCUCAUACUCUCCCUGCCCUCAUACUCUCCCUGCCCUCAUACUCUCCCUGCCCUCAUACUCUCCCUGCCCUCUCUCCCUCCCGCUCACCCUCCACCCACCAGAAGAGAGCUCUACUCCAUACUGCCGUCCACGGUGCGUCGGCGCCUAGCCAAGCGGCUGAAGCAGCGGUCCAAGCGGCAGAUCGACGGGGCGAUAGCCCGGGACCUCAAGGGCGUGGUGGGGGAUAUCCUGCGGUGGGUCGUGCCUCUGGCUGAGCGCACGGAGGUGUGGAAUGGCGACAAGUCGUUCGGGGCUCAGAGGAGAAACCGCGGCCACCGCACGCUGCUGGUGGAGGGCUGUGGUGGUGGGGACGAGUGGGAGUCUGUGAGGGUGGGUGGUAUGCAGUACGACAAGUUUGAGGCUGUGCUGGUGGAGCUGCUGGUGUCUGCCACUCCACUUGUCCCACACCCAUUGCCCCCACCUCCUCCGUCCUUCUCUUCCCCUUGUCCCCCAUACCAGACGCUUCACUAUUGUGACAAGGACAAGUUUGAGGCAGUGCUGGUGGAGCUGCUGACCUCCUUCUCCCUUGUCACUCUCCACUUCAGACGCUCGCACCUGCAACCGCACCCGCCCUCCAAGGCUCGCCCUCCCUCAGGCCCGGUCCGACGCAAGCUACCAGGCUCGGCCGAGCCUAAGAACCAGGUCGCCACAGCUCCUGCCUUUCCCCCUUCAGCAUCUGCUCCCACUUUUGUGAACAGUGACAGCAACCCCGUACUGGCCCCUACCGUUCCGGACCUCCCAGUUCCCCUCUUCCCAGACCUCCUUCUGGAGCAGCCCCUCCCGGACCUCCAUCUAUGGCUCGGUCUGCUUCCAGUGCUCCUCCCUCCAUGGCUCGUACUGCACCCGAACCUCCUCCAACUGGUCCGGCCAUGCCUAGGCCAGCUCCCCAAGCAAGGCCUGGCCCAGGACCAGCUCCUGGACCUGGAGGCCCCCGAGGCAAUCCAACUGGACCUCGGCCCAGGCCUGGUGCUGGCCCCGGACCUAGGCCUUCUCCAGGCCAGGCGAUGCCUGGGAGAGGAGGUAUGGGACCCGGAGUUGGGGUUCCUCCGGGUAUGCGGGCAGGGCCCCCGGGACCUCAGGCUCGGCCCGGACCUCCAUACCGCACUGGAGGUCCGGUGCAGAGGCCAAUGCAGGGGGGAAGGCCGAUGGGUCCAGGAGGAGGUAUGGGAGGAGGCCGGGGAGGUGGGGGAAGAGGAGGUGGAGGGCCAAUCCACAGGCCAAAUCCUGCAUCUCCAGUGUUGGAUGAUAUUGAUGCGGUCUCUAGCGACUCGAAGACGCUCGUCCAAGUCGCCUGCCACGUCAGCGAACGAUUCCACGUCAGCGGGAUUUAGAGUCCCGUUCUCGCCACGCGUAGCUUGUGGUUCCGAGUCUGCUGACACGUGUACGAAUUGGAGUGGAGCAGGAGGAGCGGAUUUGGCGAGCGAAGAAAGGCCACGUGGAAUGGCGGCACAGGGAGAGACAGAAUCAUCAGCAGCAGCAGCAACAGCAGCAGCAGCAGCAAAACUGCCACCUCAGGUGGUGCACCUGCCAUGUCAGCUGCUGCGUCUGCCAGCUCAGCUGUGGCUGGCAGACUCGCGCCCACCGCCUCCCCUCAAGGAAAGGGGGGAGGAUGAGGAAGAAGAGAAAAUGAGGAGGAGAGAGAAGAGGGGUGGAGAGGGGUUGGGGAGGGAGGGAGAGAAACAAAAGGUUGUCCUGGCGGUGAGAGCCGAUGGGGAGAAUAUGGAAGUGGGGGAGGUGGUAAGGGGAGUGGAGAUGAGGGAUGAAUUGGAGGGGAUUGAACGAGAGAGCGGGAUAUCAGAUAACGGGAGUGAAGCGAUGGAGGUGGAGGGAGGAGGAGAAGGAGGAGGAGUAGAAGUGGGAGAAGAGAUAGGAAGGGGAGAAGAGAUAGGAAGGGGAGAAGAACGAAAAGAAGUAGUAAAGAAGGUAGGAGGAGAAGAAGAAACGGAAGGGGAGGACGCUGGGAGGGAAGCUGUAGGGAGGGAAGAGGGUCUAGCUGGCGAUGCGAAAGGGGGUGAAGCAAGUGGAGGAGGUGAAGGGGUUGAAAGGGGUGAAGGGUAUGAAGGGGGUGAAGGCGGUGAAGGCGGUGAAGCAGGUGAAGCAGGUGGUGGUGAAGCAGGUGGUGGUGAAGCAGGUGGUGGUGAAGGCGGUGGUGGUGAAGCAGGUGGUGGUGAAGCAGGUGGUGGUGAAGCAGGUGGUGGUGAAGCAGGUGUUGGUGAAGCAGGUGGUGGUGAAGCAGGUGGUGGUGAAGCAGGUGGUGGUGAAGCAGGUGGUGGUGAAGCAGGUGGUGGUGAAGCAGGUGGUGGUGAAGGCGGUGGUGGUGAAGCAGGUGGUGGUGAAGGCGGUGGUGGUGAAGGCGGUGGUGGUGAAGCAGGUGGUGGUGAAGGCGGUGGUGGUGAAGCAGGUGGUGGUGAAGGCGGUGAAGGCGGUGAAGGCGGUGGUGGUGACAAGCAGGGCGAGCAAAGUGGGUGGCUGUGGGAGGGAAGUGAUCUGAAAGGGUGCUAUCUCGACGCGAGCAGGACAUGUGUUGAUGAAACGGUUACAAGCGGUGCUAAGGUGGUUACAAGCACUGCUGAGGAGGUUACAGGCGGUGCUGAUGUAGUUUCAAGCGGUUCUGAGAUUGUGAUACUUUGUGCAGACAUGGAUCUGGACGCGAUGCCUCUGGGUUGCUGCCUCGGGUCCCAGCAGGAACAACCUGGGGAGGCUCACAUGGAGCAUGAGGAGCAGCAGCAGCAGCAGGUGGAGGAAGAGUGCUCGCUGGAGCAGUUGACUCGCGUUGACUCCAUGGAAGAUGACGACUUCUGGGAAAGAAUGGUUGCCAGCUACGGCACACUGGACGACCUGCCUGCUACAGCCGAAGCCGUGGCUGCUACAGCUGGGGAGGCCGCUACAGCUGGAGCGGAGGCUACAGCCGGAGUGGCUUCUACAGCCAGAGUGGCGGCAGUAGCUGAAGGGACCUUCACAACUGGGAGGGUGGCCACAGCCGAUGGUGGGAUGGCCGUGGAUGGUUGUGGGGUAGGGGCCGCCACAGUAAGCGAUGGAAAUACCCUGCUUGCUGCAACUCCCGAAUCUCUAGCUGUUGCUGAUGGUGCACUGACAGCGGUUUCCACUCACUCAGGGGUGCAUGCAUCAGUUGCUGCUGGAAGUGCCCUGCCUGCUGUGACUCCUGAACCUCUGGCAGUUGCUGACGGUGCCCUGCCUGCAGUUUCCUCACACUUGGGGGUGCAUGCAGCAGAUAUGAAUUUCGAGUCGCGCCAAAAGACAUGUCUGGAUGCUGUUGACGGUGCGCUGCCUGCAGUUUCCUCACACUCGGUGGUGCAUGCAGCAGAUAUGAACCACCAACCUCCUUCUGCGGAUGCUGAAGCAGCAGCUUCGUCGGGUUCUAAGGCUUGCACGGGCGAACUUCCUCGCCCGGCCUAUCAUGCCGAGCCUGUUCUACCCUCGGCCAAGCCUGCGAGUCCUGAGUCCGAAGCUGCUGCAGCGGUCCUGCUAGCACUGCUGGCUCGGCAGCCAAACCUCAAUCGCGCAACUUCCUUCAGCAGUGCAUCGGAAGCAUGA